AUGAAUAUUUUCAAAUCUGUUAUGCGGAAGCAGGAGAUGGCUUCGAAUCCCGCUGCCGACGAUACCUGCUGCGCAAUAUGUUACGAGAAAGUCGGCGAGGUCAAGGAGGAGGGCGACAAGGAGAUCUGGCGAUAUCUUCCCUGCGGUCACCGCUUCGGCGGCGACUGCAUACAAUACUGGCUUGGCGUCGCCAGCGUCGAUGAGCCGCACUGCCCUUGGUGUCGGGUGAGCAUGCGGUGCGACUGCGGACACCCCGUGGUUCCAACAACGAAGCCGACGCGCAGUUACAUGUACUGGGGCUGGAUGCCGUGCGAAAUAUGCCACACUCAACUGCAACGUACUCGCAAAACCUCGAAAUACUUCCGCGGCCAACUCCUGCCACGGCUCAACUCUCUCAUCCACUCACUCGAUCACAAUAUGGCGUCCAUCCCUCAAGAGGUUCCCAAAGAACAGGAAGAAACACCAACAAAAGAGCCCUGGGAGGACCGCGAAGUGUGGAGGAAGAAGUGGACCGAGCACUUCAUUCAAGAAGAUCGGAAGGCUUCAGGGUCGAAACCACCAAAAAAGUAA